GCCGGGCUCGGAGCGGAUCGGAGCUUUCAGCGUCACUUCGGAGACAACAAAACCGAGACGCUCGGGCCAAACCCAACGAAACCCACUCGGAAAACAUGUCAGAACCCAAAUACCGCGACUGGAUUUUGGAGACUAUCGAUUCGCUGCGGUCUCGAAAAGCCAGACCGGACCUUGAGAGGAUAUGUCGAAUGGUCCGAAGGAGACACGGGUCAGACCCAGAUCGCACCCGUGCAGAACUGGAGAAACUGAUCCAAGAACAGACAGUGCUUAAAGUUAGCUACAAGGGCUCGAUUUCCUACCGGAACGCCGCGAAAGUGCAAAGGAAAAGCCGAAAAAAGAGUGAGCUCACGCCCGACCGCAGUAGCGGCAGCGGCGAGUCACUGGGCGAACAAGCCAAACACGCCACUUUCAACAACAACGGCGACAGCGCGCACAGCCUCACGGACCAAGAGGAGUUUGGAGACAAGGACCCCGACUCCACGGAGGCGAGGCAGAACCUUGACCCCCACCCCCCGGCCCAAGCCCAAGCCCCAGCCCCAGUCACUGUGUCGGAGAAGAGCGAAACGGUUUUGCCUCAGACUAGCGGAAACAGUUGUGUCAGUUGUGGCGCAACGGACUGCACUGUCGGGAGCGGCUGUGGCGUGAAAGCAAGUGCACCGAAAGACAAGAGAUUAAUGCCACAAGCUGGAGGGAACUGCAACUCGGCCGACUGCUCGAAAGACAUGAAGAAGGACGACGUGUGUGAUGCCGCGAGUCAACACAACACCAAGUCAACAGCAGCAGCGCGAGAGGAGACGCACUCGCCUAGCCGCGAGGACAACGGAGAUAAGGCAAAGAAAACUUGCACGAGUGCUAGUUCGAGCAGCAGCAGUGGCGGCGGCGGUGGUGAUGUCGGCAACAAUAAUCACCUCAGCCGAAAACUGCAACCGACGCUCAAACCCAAACUCCGCGCCGCUGUCGGCCCAACGAAGGGGCCGAGCGAGGGCGAAGCAUCGGACCAAGCCAGCGCCGAUUUGGGUGACCGGCUGGUGGAGUCCGUACGAAGUCUGACGGAGCGGAGUCGGGCGUCCGCCGCAACACCACGGGCCCCCACGCCGCUAGGUCUGAAGGAGAUCCUCGGCUACCUCAGCACGCAGAGCGGCCUCGGCGAGGAGAAGCUGACCCGCAGCCGAGUCAAAGCCGUGCUGGAGCGAGAGGUGGCGAGGGGUCGCCUCCGACGGACCCACCUCGGCCACAUCGCCCUGCCUACGAGGGGGAUGGGGGCCGCCAAGCCAUCCGCGAGACUUCUGAAGAGCGCACUGCAGGACAGACAGCUCGCGAAGAAGGUGGAGCCGAAACGAGAGGAACAGACGAUGGAGGUGGACAGCAAAGUGAAGGCACAGAAAAAGGAUGACAAGGAAGAGGAGAAGAAAGAGAAGGAGAAAGAGAGGGAGGUGAAGAGUGAGAGGAAGGCAGAGGGAGAUGAGCAGGUGCCACAGGCGAAGGUCAAGGGUCAUGCCGAUGCUACAGUGGCGAAAGCAGUGCCACCCCCCUCCUCUCCCACCACCACCCCGACCCCAACCCCCGCCACCCUGAACCACACUGUCAAGACAGAGGCCCAGCUGAGUGAUGAAGUGGUGGAGCAAAGUGUGUCUCAGGUGGAGGAGGAAGAAAAAAUGGACACAACUGACCAGCAACCCCCAGACACACAGGAUCCAGUGGUCAUGGUGUCUGAUGCCCCGUGCCUCACUUCCUCUGUUGCCAGUAAGAGCUGUUCGGACUGUAAGAUGGAGGUGGGCGUCUCGUCCUGCCUGCUGACCCCGACGGCGUCUCCCAGAGACCUGGGGCCCUCCGAGGAACGAGGGAUGAAUGGAGGAGCGUUUGUGAAAGUGGAGAGUGGCAGCAUGAACCCAGUGGAAUGGACUGUAGCGGACGUGGUCAACUACUUCACCUCAGUGGGCUUCCCAGAGCAGGCACUGGCCUUCAGGACGCAGGAGAUAGAUGGCAAGUCGCUCCUCCUGAUGCAGCGGAAUGACGUCCUCACCGGCCUCUCCAUCCGACUCGGCCCCGCUCUGAAGAUCUACGAGCGGCACGUGAAGGUUCUGCAGAAGACGCACUUCCAGGACGAAGGCGCUUUCUGCUGAUGAGGACAAUACACACACACACACACACACACACACACACACACACACACACACACACACACACACACGCGCGCACACA